AUAUGUGUAAGUCUCUCUCUCUCUCUCUCUCUCUACUUUUCGUCGGCGAGGAAAAAGCCAAUCCCACAAACUCCAGCUAAGAAAGGCGCGACUCUGCAGAAAACGGAUAUAAACACAGACCCCACGGUAGUGGACACCCGCACCGCGUCUCAAGUGGCUUGACGCCGUCGACUUAUUUUUUUUGUAACAUUUACACUGUGAACUGACUUUGAAGUUUCCUCGAAGAGCACAUUCGCGAGGUGUGGAAACAAAAGCACCGGACGGCGACGAUUCGAGGUUCCUUCUUCUGAUUACCGGCGGUCAGUGUCCAGGUUUGCUGUGACACGGCGUUCACGGUCCUGUCCUGAGUCUGCGCCUCUGGAUCUGCCACUGCGUCCCUGUAGCGUCUGGAUCACCACGGCACAACACCGCCCGCGCACACGGGAAGGUAUUUUCGGUCUGAAACCGACUGAGAGUUAACCACAAGUUUGUGUCUUAGAUGCACUUAAUAUUUCUGCUAAGGGACAGACGGCUAUUCUAACAAGGCUGAAUCUGCUCAACGGAUUGUUACACCGGUCAGGAUUACACUUUUUAGUUACUCUGACAAUAUUAAUGAUUACACCUCCUACUAUUUUUACUACACGUAUUAUUACUAUUAUUACUACUACUAUUAUUACUAUUACUAUUACUAUUACUACUACUAUUACUAUCUGUUCUAGAAUUAUAAAAUAUUUAACAUUUUUGAGUGCCUAUUAUGGGAGUCCGCAGAGAGAGAGUAUUUGUUGAUGUCCGCCCUUGCUGUCCUGCAUCAGAGUUCAGGUAGCUCACAGCCAACACAAAAUGCUACCCUGCAUAGCAUCUCUCUGUGCCAGGGGAAGCCUGCUGAGUGAAGCUCACAGAGAGAGAGCGAAACAGCCAGAGAGACCUCCACACACACACACACACACACACACACAGCCCAUCCUGAAGCACACACACUCUCUUACAUUCUCCCACUGACAGACACAUACAUACAUACACAGUGACCCACAAAGCAGGGCAUGGGAAACUCCUCUCAAAAACAAGGGACGGAGGACAAGGAAAAAGAAAAAGAGGAGGAAACUGAUGACGAAUUGGAGGAAGAGGAAAAGGCACAAGUGAAAGAAGAGGAGGUGGAACAGAAGCUGCCUCCAUGUUUUAAUGAAUUAAUCUCUAGCGGAGAUCCAGUGCUGGACCUGAGCCAAUUUCGUUUGCGAUACCUCCCAAAGGAAGUUCUGGGACUGGAACAUUUGGAGAGACUGUAUGUAUGUGGAAAUCGGCUUCGCACGGUGCCGGAUGGCAUUGUGCAGCUGCAAGGCCUGCGCACUCUAGCGCUUGACUUUAACAAAAUAGAAGACGUCCCGCCGAGCAUGUGCCAGUUGGUCAACCUCACCCACCUAUAUCUUGGCAGCAAUCGGCUGAUGAGCCUGCCACCAGAAAUUAAAAACCUGCAGAGCCUCCGGUGUCUCUGGGUGGAAAGUAACUACUUUCAGUUUUUCCCCAAGCAGCUAUAUGAGCUCCCUCAUCUGCGCUCUCUGCAGUUUGGUGACAAUAAACUUAAAGCUCUGCCAUCAGACAUGUGGCGCAUGGAAGCACUGCGAAGUCUCUGGCUCUAUGGCAACCGCUUUACUGAGUUCCCACAGGUUCUCCUGAAGAUGGAGCAGCUGGAGAUUUUGGAUUUAGAUGGAAACCGUAUCUCCAAGUUACCCAGUCUGCUGAUCUUCCCAGCACUCCGACUCUUUUCCUAUGACCACAAUCCUGUGAAGGGGCCACCGCUUUUUGGAGAGGAUGUUGUAAUUGUUGGAGAAGGGGCAGCAGAGGCCUUGGAGGAAAGGGAGAGAAUAAGAGAAGAGGAGCGUGCAGAACGAGUGGCCGAGGUGGCAGCUGCAGCAGAAGCAGCCAAGCCAACCAGACAAGGAAUACUAAAGAAACUCAGAAUGAAGUCUUCAUCAGCAAGUGAGGUAGCAGCACCAGCUGAGGAGGAAGUGCCAUUACAAGCCAAAGCAGAAGAGGAGGAGUGUGAAAGACAUCAAGUGGUGUAUGAUGAUGGGAAGCUUGAAUAUGAGGGUGAACGUUAUGAUGGUUACAGAAAGUCAGAUCUGGAGUAUGAACAAGCUGAGAUAAGCUACAAAUAUGAAGGAAGACUAUUGAGACUAGAUGAGACUAAUGAUUGAUUCUUCCCCUUUAACUACAACACACUUCAUUUGGAUUGCACUAACUAUAUUAAAGGAAUACUCUAUCAUUUUCAUCAUAAUAUCAUUUACCACAUCUGUACUGUAAUAUGCAAAUUCCUCACAAGAAUUGAAACAUUUCCCUGUACUGAGUAAUGAGCAGAGAACCCACACUCGAAACUCACUCAUAAUAGUGGUUUAAGGGCAGUUCCUAAAUUCUCUUAGAAAAACUUAUAUGACUACCUACCUUUAGUAGAUGCCCCCAACCAGAGCAAUAUAUCUUUAUCUCAUUUGUACAGUUAAGAGUUAAGGGCCUUGCUAAAGGAGUGGCAGUGGCAGCCUGGUGUUCCUGGGAUUCGACUCUCACAGCCUUCCGAUCAGUAGUCCAGCAACAUAAACACAGAGAUACUCCUAUUACAUGCACAUUCAAAAAUAUAACUUCUCAGACAGGACAUUUACAUUUAUAGAAGACUCCUUUAUCUAAAGAGACUUAGACGGAAUUAAAUUCAGGGGUUGUGUCUGAAACUCUUUUAUCAUGAUUGUAUUUUGUAUUUAAACAACAGAGUAGAUCAUUUAACACACACUUCUUAGCUUAUCACUAAAAAUGAUCCAGUCAGUGGAUUUUGCCUUACAGUCCAUACUAAUACUUCCUUUCAAUUUCCCCAACUCCAAAACAGUAUUCUCCAUGUGUAGUAAACCACACAUUUUUUACAGCUGAGACUUUAGAUGCAGGCAAAAAAUAUCAAUAUAAAUAUAUAUAAUUUAAUUUUACAGCUAGAGAUUCAUUAGACUAUAAGAUACAGUGUGUGUUCUACACCAAAAAAUGUUCUGACUGGCACUGAAGUUAUCUUUUAUUUAUCUUUUAUUUUAUUUUUAUUUUUUUUGCAUGUGUAGCUAAAUUACAAACCUGAUUUUCUUUUUAUCAGAAAGAUUAUUCGACUUGAUUACAUAAUAAAAAAAAAAGUGCCAAACAUUAAACAUGAACUUCUCAGUGUAAUCACUGAGGAAAAUGCAAGCUGAUUCUGUAUCAUAAACUGCAUCUAAACACGAACAAAGAGCGAUGAAACCUUUUUCAGCUCUGCUGCUGGUGUUGAGUUUUCAGUGUCAAGUGCAAUCCAGGCAACAUCUGUCCUCUGACAACCACAAAAACACACCAUGAAAAUUAUAAUUGAGUCUGAGGCAAGAGCAGAGGAUGAAGUCUCCCAUGGGUAUCUGCACACAUACCCAUUUAAACCUUAACAAAAACAAUGUUUGAAACCUCAUCAGUACUGUUCUUAUGUAGUUCUCAACUGCUGGAGCUGCAGAGUAACAAAUAAUUCAGGUUAUUUAUCAGGUUAUAAGGUUACCUAAGAAUUUCUGUAUCCAUGUGCGAUCAAAGCAACAUGACUACUUUAGCAGCAGAUAAUCUUCCCUAUGUGAAAGGGAGUCACUAUACAGAGCUUCAUUUCCACAUACAUCUGAAUAAAGGAUUCCACAAAAAUAUUCUUUGCAUAAAGGUUAAUUAACUCAAAUAAACCUCCAUUAUAUGUGAGUUCGAGUAAACUGGGGUUCUGUUAUCUCAGUACAGGAACACAUAAAAAAUCCUUUCCCUGGUUGUGGUAUUAGAUGUGGUAGACAGAUAUUAGGUGAAAAAUUCCAGAGUUUGCUCCAACAAAGCUGCUGUGAGAAAAAAGUGAAACAAUUGCAAUACAGAACUCUAACCUUUAGGUUUUGCACUUAAUUUAUUAUCAUAAAAAAAACCUGUGAAGAACAAUGUACACAGUGCAGCUGUAAUGGACAGUAACUGUUCUCUAAGCUUUAUACAUAAUGAAGACCAACGUGUGUGUGUGUGUGUUUGUAGUGUGUGUGUUUGUAGUGUGUGUGUGUGUGUGUAAAUGAGUGGGUUUAAUUCUAAAGUAGAGCGGGUGUAAUUCUACUCUAAACUUGGUGUACUGUAUCUGGAAUUGGAUAUUGUGAUUGCUGUGAUGUCUGUUGCUGAAACGAAAUCUCUCAUUAAAUAAUCAUUGGGUUUCUGAAAAUGUUUUUCAAUCAUUCAUGCAGGGCUAGGAGAACGAUCUAGUACUUUGAACAGACUUAUACAAUAUCCACAAUGCAAACCAGCUGUGUAAUUCAACUCAGAAUUGAAAUGUGCUUUUUUUUUUUUAAACGAGACACGGCAGCCAGAAGCAAGAGAAGCUCCAGAGCUUUGGAGGAUCAUAGAGAUAAAUGGACAGUGCAAGCCAGACCAGUGCUAACAUUGAUAAACUUUGUCACAGCUGCCAGGGUUUCUGUGAGGUCACCGUGUGUUAAGCAGAGAACGUGUUACGAGAAGGGGGAAAGGAUACGGGGGGAUGCUUCUCCUUAAAAGGCUUGAGUAAGAUGAAGAUGUUUAAACAUUAGCAUGAGACAGAGAGGGAGCAAAUAAAUGAGACUUAAAGUGUAGAGGUCAGCUGUCAUCAGGGGUGUCCUCUAAUUCUCUUUGACUUCAUUCUUUCCUUCCAAUGACCAGCAUAUUUCCUUCUUUUUUAUUCCAGUCACACUCUCCAAGCCUCUUGUUCCCUUAUUGUCCUGUUAUGCUUUUUAACUCUUCCUCCAUCUUCGUCCUGUUAAACUGGGUGGCUAUGUGGGGUGGGCUGGAAAAUACUCUAUUUUACUCUCUCUGUCAAAUUAAGCUCAGGGCUUUUAUUCUAUGAUGAAAAACUG